CGCCGCCUCUCUCUCUCUCUUUCGUAUACACGGAGUUCAAAUCCCCAUCUCCCUCCCUCUCUCUCGCACUCUCUCUCUCUAGGGUUUCGAUCGAUCGAUCGACCGAUCGAGCCAUCGCCAUGGAGGAGAUGGAGGUGGACUCGGGGGAGAAGCGGCUCAACGAGCUCGGCUACAAGCAGGAGCUCCGGAGAGAAAUGACUCUGUUUAAGACCCUGGCGAUCUCGUUCUCGACGAUGACGCUGUUCACGGGGAUCACGCCGCUGUACGGUUCGAGCUUGGUGUACGCGGGGCCUGCGCCGCUGGUGUGGGGGUGGGUCGUCGUCUCCUUCUUCACUUGGUUCGUCGGCAUCGCCAUGGCCGAGAUUUGCUCCUCUUUCCCUACUACUGGUUCUCUGUAUUUCUGGGCUGCUCAUUUAGCUGGACCGGUGUGGGGCCCGUUUGCAUCUUGGUGUUGUGCUUGGCUGGAGACUAUAGGCCUUAUUGCUGGCAUAGGAACUCAGGCCUAUGCGGGAUCUCAAGUUCUACAGAGCAUAAUUUUGCUAUGUACUGGCACAAAUAAAGGUGGAGGUUACUUUGCUCCUCGUGGGGUAUUUCUUGCUAUGUACAUAGGACUUACAAUAAUCUGGGCAGUGCUUAAUACAUUUGCACUAGAAGUUAUUGCUUUCAUCGACUUAAUCUCAAUGUGGUGGCAGGUAAUUGGAGGUGUCGUCAUAGUUAUUAUGCUUCCCUUAGUGGCAAAAACUACACAACCCGCUUCAUAUGUAUUUACACAUUUCCAAACAGCUCCAGAAUCAACUGGAAUAAGCAGCAAAGCAUAUGCAGUCGUUUUAUCCGUUCUUGUUAGUCAGUAUUCUUUAUAUGGUUAUGAUGCCGCUGCACAUUUAACAGAGGAGACAAAAGGCGCAGAUAAAAAUGGCCCAAUAGCUAUUCUUUCUAGCAUCGGAAUCAUUUCCUUAUUUGGAUGGGCAUACAUCUUAGCUCUCACUUUUAGCAUUCAGAAUUUUAGCUAUCUGUAUGACCCUAGCAAUGAAACUGCUGGUGCAUUUGUACCGGCGCAGAUACUGUACGAUGCGUUCCACGGGAGAUACCACAACUCUGCUGGGGCCAUUAUAUUGCUGUUUGUUAUCUGGGGCUCCUUUUUCUUCGGCGGCCUUUCCAUUACCACAAGUGCGGCAAGAGUGGUGUAUGCAUUGUCGAGGGAUAAUGGGAUUCCCUUCUCAUCCACAUGGCGGAAGAUUCACCCGAAACAUAAAGUCCCCGCCAACGCGGUAUGGUUUUGCGCGGCCAUUUGCAUUCUCCUCGGCCUCCCUAUUCUGAAAGUCAACGUGGUAUUCACCGCCAUCACUUCCAUCUGCACCAUCGGGUGGGUUGGCGGCUACGCGGUUCCGAUAUUCGCGAGGAUGGUCAUGAAGGAGAAGAACUUCAAGCCGGGGCCCUUCUAUCUGGGGAAAGCGCGAAGGCCGAUCUGCUUAGUGGCAUUCUUGUGGAUCUGCUACACUUGCUCGGUGUUCUUAUUGCCGACGUAUUAUCCUCUCAAGUUCAACACCUUCAACUAUGCUCCCAUUGCCUUGGGUGUGUGUUUGGCUCUGAUAAUGUUGUGGUGGAUCGUCGAUGCGAGGAAAUGGUUUAAGGGGCCGGUUCGAAACAUCGAUGCUCAGAACGGAAAAGUCUGAUAACAAAGAUAGCUUCUUCUUCUUCUUCUUCUUCUUCUUCUUUUUUUCCUUUUCUUUUUCUCUUAUCUAUUCAUUGUGAUAACACAAAUAUUGAUUGCAAAGCGAAUCUAAAAGAUAUUAUGUAAGCAAUUGCAAAUGUAUUAAUUAAUGCUGCCAUUAAUGGUAGGUAACUUAUUGAGACGUGAUCAUGGAA